GGCGGCGAACGGGCUUCAGAUGCUUCUGGGUCGCUGUGGGGAAAGCGCUGGAGUCGGCGUGUGUGAGUCUGAGAGCCCUGCGCUAGCGCGAACAGGCGACGGAUGGCGGCCACUGGGACUGCGGCCGUCGCUGCCAAGGGCAGGCUCCUCAUCCUGCUACUGCUCGGGCUCACGGCGCCCGCUGCGGCUUUGGCAGGCUACAUCGAGGCUCUUGCAGCCAAUGCUGGAACAGGAUUUGCUGUUGCUGAGCCUCAGAUUGCAAUGUUUUGUGGGAAGUUAAAUAUGCAUGUGAACAUUCAGACUGGGAAAUGGGAACCCGACCCAACAGGCACGAAAAGCUGCUUUGGCACAAAAGAAGAGGUUCUUCAGUAUUGUCAGGAGAUGUAUCCAGAGCUGCAGAUCACAAAUGUGAUGGAAGCAAAUCAGCCUGUCAGUAUUGACAACUGGUGUCGGAGGGACAGAAAACAAUGCAAGAAUCACAUUGUUAUACCUUUCAAGUGUCUUGUGGGUGAAUUUGUAAGUGAUGUUCUGCUAGUUCCAGAAAAGUGCCAGUUUUUCCACAGAGAAAGGAUGGAAAUAUGUGAGAAUCACCAGCACUGGCACUCUGAAGUCAAAGAGGCAUGUUUGACUCAGGAAAUGACCUUGUAUAGCUAUGGCAUGCUGCUGCCCUGUGGGGUGGACCAGUUUCAUGGCACUGAAUAUGUAUGCUGCCCUCCAACAAAGAUUAGUGACUCUAGUGACUCUACAAUGUCAAAAGAAGAACAAGAUGAGGAUGAAGAUGAUGAUGACGAUGAUGAAGAAGAAGACUAUGAUAUUUAUAAAAGUGAAUUUCCUACUGAACCAGAUUUGGAAGACUUCACAGAAGCAGCUGUGGAUGAGGAGGAUGAGGAGGAAGGGGAGGAAGUGGUGGAAGACCGUGAUUAUUACUAUGACACCUUUAAAGGAGAUGACUACACUGAGGAGAACCCAACCAAACCCAGCAGCAAUGGUGCUGUUUCAGACAAGGAAAUUGCUCAUGAUGUUAAAGCUGUCUGCUCCCAGGAGGCGAUGACGGGGCCCUGCCGGGCCGUGAUGCCUCGUUGGUACUUCGACCUCUCCAAGGGAAAAUGCGUGCGCUUUAUAUAUGGCGGCUGCGGCGGCAACAGGAACAAUUUUGAGUCUGAGGAUUAUUGUAUGGCUGUGUGUAAAGCGAUGAUUCCCCCAACUCCUCUGCCAACCAAUGAUGUUGAUGUGUAUUUCGAGACUGCUGCAGAUGACAAUGAGCAUGCAAGGUUCCAGAAGGCCAAGGAACAGCUAGAAAUUCGACACCGCAACCGAAUGGACAGGGUAAAGAAGGAAUGGGAAGAGGCAGAGCUUCAGGCCAAGAAUCUUCCCAAAGCAGAGAGGCAGACCCUUAUUCAGCACUUCCAAGCUAUGGUUAAAGCAUUAGAGAAGGAAGCAGCCAGUGAGAAGCAGCAGCUUGUGGAAACCCACCUGGCUCGAGUGGAAGCCAUGCUGAAUGACCGCCGGCGAAUGGCUCUGGAGAACUAUCUGGCAGCCCUACAGUCCGACCCACCAAAACCUCAUCGCAUUCUCCAGGCUUUACGACGUUAUGUCCGUGCUGAGAACAAAGAUCGUUUGCAUACCAUUCGUCAUUAUCAACAUGUGUUGGCUGUUGACCCAGAAAAGGCAGCCCAGAUGAAAUCCCAGGUGAUGACACAUCUCCACGUGAUUGAAGAAAGGAGGAACCAGAGCCUCUCUCUGCUCUACAAAGUCCCUUACGUAGCCCAGGAAAUUCAAGUGGAGAUUGAUGAGCUCCUUCAGGAACAGCGAGCAGACAUGGACCAGUUCGCUGCCUCCAUCUCGGAGAGCCCCAUGGAUGUCCGGGUGAGCUCUGAGGAGAGCGAAGAGUUCCCACCGUUUCACUCUAUCCAUCCCUUCCCACCCUUGCCUGAGAAUGAAGACACUCAACCGGAGUUGUACCACCCAGUGAAGAAAGGGUCAGGAGUGGGAGAGCAGGACCGGGGACUGAUUGGUGCAGAAGAGAAAGUGAUUAACAGUAAGAAUAAAGUGGAUGAAAACAUGGUCAUUGAUGAGACUCUGGAUGUUAAGGAAAUGAUCUUCAAUGCUGAGAGAGUUGGAGGCCUCGAGGAAGAGCCGGAGUCGGUGCGACCUCUGCGGGAGGACUUCAGUCUGAGCAGCAGCGCCCUGAUUGGCCUGCUGGUCAUUGCAGUGGCCAUCGCCACGGUCAUCGUCAUCAGUCUGGUGCUGCUAAGGAAGAGGCAGUAUGGCACCAUCAGCCAUGGGAUUGUGGAGGUUGACCCCAUGCUCACCCCAGAAGAGCGUCACCUGAACAAGAUGCAGAACCACGGCUAUGAAAACCCUACCUAUAAGUACCUGGAGCAGAUGCAGAUCUAAGUGGCAGGAAGCCUGUGGCACCCGAGUUACAAAAUGGUGUGGGCAGGCAGAAGAGUCCACCAUUCUGGAUCAACUGCCUGCCACCACUUAGCACCAGAGGGUCUCAUCUUCCAUCCUGACUCCUGGCUCAUUCAGACUAUAAAAUACUACUAUAGAAUUGCAAUUUCCAUUCUUUUAAAUGGGUGAAAAUGUUAAUAUAACAAUAUAUGAUAUAUAAACCUUAAGUGAAAAAAUGAUCUAUUGCAGAUAUCUGAAGGAUGUAGUUUUCUUUUUUAAAUUAAUCAGAAAUCCAUUUCUAUUGCAUUGUUUCACACAUGCUCUCUACAUAAAUGGAAAAUGUUGAUUUUUUUAAUGGUAGAUUGUAUAUGCAGGCUGUUUGUUCCAGUUGCAUUGUAUAAAUCAGUUCUAGGCUCAUUUACUGUCGUAGUUUUUAUUUAAAAAAAAACAAAACAAAACACUAAAAAAAGAUGCAGUAUUCCCUUUUUAAACUUUCAGAAAGUUGUUGAGAAAAAAGUGGAAUGGGGAACUGUAAUUGACCAUUGACAACAUCAUGUUACCCUGGCUAAGUGACUUACAGGACCAGUCUCUCAGAAGCUCACUGUUUCUAUGCUGGCCCCUGUUGCCAAGGAUGACCAAGGUGUUUUUGUUCUCAAAUCUUUCGCGAGCUGAAUGCAUACAAAUGAGGGUAUCCACUGCUGCUUUUCCUCCAAAUCCAGUUCUUCCACAGCAACUAGCCUGUAGUUUGUGUAUGACAUCUUCACUGUUUGUUGUUCACUAACUGUGACAUUUUACUCUUCACUUUCCCUUCCAAAGUAUGUCCAAUGUAUGUGUAGUCUCUUCCUCUUUGGAUGUCCCCUCCAGGGCACUGACGCUGCCUUCCGUCCAUAUCCCUGUGCCUCCCCUGUCCCUGGCCUCUGGUGUCCGUUCAAAGAAGACUACAGUAAGCAGGUGGCUGAGGACCAGGAGAGAGCCCGGGGCUCUCGAUGUUGAGAAUAUUUUCAGCUGUACAUGAACCUGGAUCUGGAGACUGGAAAGCUUUGAAGAUUUUGUUUCCUUCACAUGAGUCUUUGUAAUGCUUAUAUAGUUGAUGUUGUUGCUCACAGUUUUUUGUUUGUUUCUUUCUUUUUUUUAAUCUCAAGGUUCUGGUAACCAGUGGUGUUUAUUUUGGUUCAUUUUUUCUAAUUUUCUGUGACUGUUUUUUUUUUUUUUUUUUCCCUUUUCCUCCCCUUUGACCCUAUCCAUGCCUCUUCCCACUAUGCACAGAUUAAACUUCACCUACAGACUUCUUAAUAUGAUCUGUGGAGAAUGUACAGAGUCUAAACACGUCAAUAAAUACUUUAACUUCCA